GCACUGGCGAUUUGCCCCCAAAUGCGAGGUCCGGUCAAAGUUUCAUUCAUGAUCCCAAGGUUUAUUAUUUCUUCACUUUCUUUUUUCUUUUUAAUCUUUUCUAUAGUGAAGAAUUUUCCACGAUUUUUAGAGAAAAAUGCAAUCAAUUUCUCCUUAUUGUUGUUGGGAAAUACAUCGGAAACAGUAGGAAAAUGGAUAAAUACGCAAAUGAAGUAAGUCAAAAACGGUUGUGUUAAAGCUUAGCUAUGGAAUUUCAUGUGUAAUUUUCUAGGUAAAUUUACAGGGAUUAGAAUGCAGUUAUUCCUUUAAUGUAUAAGUAGUAUGGGAAUUUAUAAAUGAUGAUACAGGGAGACCUCAGACCUAUAGCUGCAAAGUCGCAUAAAAUCCCUUUCGUUUUAACAAACAUGUAAAGUUAAUGGAGCAAGAUACAACUAUCUCUACAUUAAAAUGUAAUUUUUCCUUUUUAUCUUUUCUGUAACUGUUUUGAAAAGUAUGUGGCUUUCUGGUUAAUACAUCAAGCUUUGUUAGUUAGUUUACAUUAUGUUUGAGGGGAAUAAGGUCCUUGUUUAUAGGUUGCAGGGGAAACAGAGACAAAGGGUCAAAUUAAGCUGCGGUUCAAGACGGCAGCAGGAAAGGAUGUAGUCUGUGUAAGGUCAUUCCAGCUGACACAGAAGGGAUCAAAGAUGGAGUAUAAAGCUAUCGAGAGUGUGCUUCAAACCAUAAACCCGCAUAGUGGAGAGGUUGAAAUUGCUUUAACUUUUAGAAUGGUCUUGCUCUAUCAAAUAAACUUACCCUUGCUUCUUCCUUAUUUGUGGAUAUAACCCAAGAACCUUUAAGAUCUUAGAUGGCUUCUUCAGCAACAUAAUUCACUUGUGAUUUUUGUUUUGAUUGCAAGUAUGAUUGUGAUUCUUACCACCUGAUUAUGUUAUUAAUGUAAUUUUCCCCUCAUUUCCAUGAUAUGAUGAUUAUACAAGAUCUCUAAGUGUUUCACAAUACUUGUCUCUUCCAUUUACCCUUUCUAGACAGCAAUCCUCUAAGUGGAUGGUUAUCCUUGCAAAUAUGUUUUGCUUGUUCUCUUGUUUUAAUCCUUUUUACAAGGGCAACCCACUUGGGCAUUUCAUGUCUGCUGCUGGUUGUGAUAAAUUUGCUUCAUCCACUACUUUUAGAUUCUUAAGUUUGUUUGUCUGUUUGUGUGGGGCAGGGGUCAUUAGCCAUGCAUAGGGUAACUCAUGCAGCGAAGUUGAAUUGAACUUUAGCCUUCCCCAUUGAUUCAUUCUUUUACCAGAAAAAUCCCAGUUGGAAAAAAAGUUUGGUUUAACAUGAACUACGUUAGUUCUGCUGUAGUUAAUCUAACCAGGCUGGUACUGAGGUUUAGUUGAGUUAAAAUUUUCUUUUACACUCUAGCUGUUAGCUAGGCUUGUAAAAUGGUAGCUUUCAAUAUUAGAGAUUUAGCUAGUGGACUGAUGAAUAAUCCCUUUUAGUAAGGAUGAAGUCCUCAUGAUUGACUGAGUAAAAAAAUGGAAGACUG